AUGGAGAAUUCCUUGCUCCACAAGCUCCUGCUACUGCUCGCUGGGAUCCUACCAGUAGCCUUAUGUGAAGAAGAAGUUUUUAAUCCUCUGCCUUACGUGGACACACUUAUCGGAUCUACGAACGGCGGUAACGUGUUUCCUGGUGCCACCUUGCCAUAUGGUGUAGCCAAAGCUGUUGCCGACACGAACAGCUCGUCAAACCAAGGGGGAUUCACCCUGGAUGAUAGCCCUGUGUCUGGAUUCUCUGUACUUCAUGACUCCGGCACUGGCGGUUCACCCAGCUUAGGCAAUUUCCCUCUGUUUGCCUAUGCUCAGUGCCCAGGGGAUGAAAUUGAUCGGUGUACCUUCCCCAAGAAAGAGAGAGUAAAGUACGGAAGUUUCACCAAUACCAGCGUGUCUGCUCGACCAGGGUACUUCGGUAUUACUCUCAACAGUGGUGUCAAGGCAGAAAUGACAACGGCGCAGCAUACUGCCCUCUUCCGCUUCACCUUUCCCAAGGCAUCUAACGGCAAUGGCUCAUAUCCACUCAUUCUCCAGGACCUGAGCGAUCUUUCAGACAGUAGGCAAAACAAUGGAACUGUUGCUGUCGAUUCUGCGACAGGAAGAAUCACGGGUGGUGCCCUGUUCGUACCGAGUUUUGGUUCUGGGACAUACUCCGCCUAUUUCUGCACAGACUUCUUUGGUUCUACAAUCCAAGACAACGGGAUAUUUGUAAACAGCCGAGCAAGCACCGAUGUAAAGAACCUGACCAUAUCGCGAAGCAUCAACAACUACCCCCUUCCCGGUGGAGCUUUUGUGAGAUUUGAAUCUGCUGAGACGCCUAUUCUCGCACGAGUCGGCGUAAGCUUCAUCAGUGCUGCUCAGGCUUGUUCAAAUGCAGAGACUGAGAUUACUGACUUCAAUUUUGACACCACAUCCACCGCGGCAUCUAAUGCUUGGAAGGCCAAGCUGAGCCCAAUCGUGGUCUCUACUGGAGGCGGUGUUGAUCAGGCACUGAUCACCAACUUCUACAGCGGAGUCUAUCGAACCAUGGUCAACCCUCAGAAUUAUACAGGAGAAAACCCAAUUUGGAGCAGUAGUGAACCAUACUUUGACUCAUUCUACUGCCUAUGGGACAGCUUCAGAUCUCAAAUACCAUUUCUGACUAUCCUUGACCCCUCUGCUGUUGCCCAAAUGAUUCGGUCUCUGAUCGAUACCUAUGUCCACGAGGGUUGGCUUCCCGACUGUCACAUGUCAUUUUGUAAAGGAUAUACACAAGGUGGAUCCAAUGCUGAUGUCGUUCUUGCGGAUGCUUUUAUCAAAGGGUUGACAGAUGGCAUCGAUUGGACCCAAGGCUACGCAGCUGUCGUGAAGGACGCUGAAGUAGAGCCAUUUGACUGGUCGAAUCACGGCCGUGGGGGGUUAGACAGUUGGAAAUCCCUCGGAUACAUCCCUGUGCAAGAUUUCGAUUACAAAGGCUUUGGUACGAUGACACGGAGCAUUUCAAGAACGCUGUGGGAGUACAGCUACAAUGACUUCUGCAUCUCUCAGAUGGCAAAAGUCUUGGACAAGACCGCCGACACCGAGAAAUACUUACGCUCUAGCAACAAUUGGAAGAACUUGUACAAUCCUGCGCAGAGAUCAUCUUUCGCUACCGGUGUAGACACAGGAUAUGUGGGAUUUUUCCAACCGAAAUACCUAAACCAGACCUGGGGUUUUCAAGAUCCUCUAUUGUGCAGCAACAUUGACAGUUCAGGGAUCGCUUGUAGUUUGCAGAAUACCGGCAGAGAAACCUUUGAAAGCAGUAUUUGGGAAUACGGCUACUUUGUGCCGCAUAAUCAAGCUGACCUUAUGUCACUGUACGGCGGUCCUGAUCAAUUUGUGCGCCGUUUGGACUUUCUACACGAUACAAACAUCACUUAUAUCGGGAAUGAGCCAUCUUUCCUCACAGUUUUUCAAUACCAUUACGCAGGCCGCCCAGCGCUUUCGGCACUUAGAUCACACUUUUACAUUCCCAGAUACUUCAACCCGAGCCCAGCUGGUCUUCCUGGCAAUGAUGACAGUGGAGCAAUGGGGUCUUUUGUUGCAUUCUCAAUGAUGGGACUGUUUCCCAACCCUGGACAGGAUGUGUACUUUAUUACUCCGCCUUACUUCGAGUCUGUCAACAUUACACAUCCAAGCACAGGCAAAACCGCCACAAUCAGAAAUGUAAACUACGAUCCGAGCUACCAGGCAAUAUAUAUCCAGUCAGCAACUUUAAAUGGGCAGCCAUACACCAGGAAUUGGAUCGACCAUAGCUUCUUUACAGAGGGCAAGGAGCUGGUCCUAACGCUUGGCAGGAAUGAGAGUAGUUGGGGCCGAGCAGUCAAAGACCUGCCACCUACCCUGGGAGAAUUAGAAAAUUUGCUUCGAGUCUAUAAUGGAGUGUCCGCAAGCACCGCAACUCAUAUUCGGCUACGGCGGUAUCAGCGAGGAGUUCAAAGGGGAAGACUCGUAGGAGAUCUCUUGAACACGCUCAAGCAAUAUGGCGCGCGACGGUUGGACACUGCAGCGCUGUAUCCGCCAACGGAUCCCGAUAAUUCGCAGCAGCUUCUUGGCAAGACGAGAGCAGCGUGCUUGGGGUUCACCAUUGACAGCAAGGUCCUGGUCAGCAUCCGCAACCAGAGACACACUCUUGAGCCGGAGAAGAUCGAAAAGUCCGCUGGGGAGAGCCACAACAAAAUCUUCAAUUCGGUGACGGCCAACGAAUACGAUCAGGCAGCCGGAUUCAAUGCACAGUACAAGAAGGGGAUAUUAGACAAGUUGGGCGUAUGUAAUUUCCCGCCAGGCAUGCUUGCUGAGUAUAUCGAUAUUUGCGAGCGUGAGGGCUACGUCAAGCCUACUGUGUACCAGGGCCUCUACAACCUCAUCGACCGCCGACACGAGGGGCCACUGCUUGAUUUGGUCCGCGAGCACGGCAUGAUGUUCAUAACGCACAGUCGACACGGGGGCGGGUUCCUGCACGGAAAACUGACUUCGGGCCAAGUUGAGGGCACACGCUUCCCCGAGGAAACAUCAUGUCCAUGGAUGCCAGGCGUGCUGGAUGGUGUCUGGGAUACUUGGAAAGUCAGGUAA